UGUACAUAUUUUCCCAGGUCUUCGUUUUCCCUGCCUUCUUUUGCUUUUCUCUAUGAUUGACUCGAGGUAAAAUUUCCAAGUCUCGGAGUGAUAAAAAUGCCGGAUGGCAUCGCGUGAACGCCUUUUUACUGGACUGAAGUCGUGGGAGGUUGAGCUGUUGGAAUACGCGAGGCAGAAACAUCCCGGGAUGCCGAAAUUGCAUUCAUCUAAGCCGAAUUUCUGCCCAGUUCCAGUGUCGUCACAGUCGUCUGCAACGUUCACUUCGAAUGGACAAAGUUACAGGGCUCAGACGCUGAGUAGUUUUGCCAAAUCUUCACGACCCAUGAGGGGUCAUUCUGAUCCAUUGACCUCGGUUAAAAACAGUUCGACAGGAAAAUGUUGCCCGAGACAAGUGGCAUCUGAAUCAGAUUUUACUGAGGAAUCUGCGAGUGAUUUGUGUCGGAAGUUGUCCCGAGUUUCCUCGGAACUUUGUGGAAUCGUCGGAGAAAUAACCGACGAUCAGUUGAGGGAUAAGGUGGCGAGAUUUUGCGAUGAAAUUGGCGGGUAUGUGUCAGAAGAGCGUUUGAGAGGCAGUUCGAAUGAAAUCCUCGCGUCUUCCGCGAUGCAGAAGCAAUUGGAGCAGAUUAUGGAGAUUAAAGUCGCUGUGAUGGAGGAAAAUCGACGGCUUGCGAAAAAAAUUGGAAAGUUGGAAGAACAGCUGAAACGUACAGAACGGAAUGAAGUGGAAUUGAAAACUUGUGUAGAGAAACUGAGGGAAAAGCCUUCAGGAAUCUCUAAAUUGGAGAAAGAAAUGCAGGCACUGAAGGAGGAUAAUAAGCGAAUGAAGGACCAACUCCAGGCUGUGAUGGACUCGAACAAGAGUCUCCAAAAGUGUCUUCAAGAGAGGGAAGCUGAGAUGAAAGACUUCAAAAUGAACUCUCGGAAAAUGGUUGAAGAUUGGAUGCAUUACUUGGAACUUACUGCUUGCAAGUCUGCUUCGCAGUUGACGGUUUCGUCGAAACCGAGUGUUGGACGAGAGUCGAACGGAGUUCGAAUACUGGUGACCAAGUCUGCGGGUGACCGAGAACCGAAGACAAAAGCCAACCGAGUGGAGAAGAGCGUGUCUGCGAUCGCAUCUACAUCCACGGUCGGAUUCGACACUUGCAGAAGUGCGUCUGUUCGAGGAAUGGAGGCUGAUGCUGAAUCAGAGUCUGACAGUGAAGCCCUGUCGACUGACACCGAUCAUGGUUUACAUUCCGACUUUCAAACCAACUUGCAAGAGAUGCACGACCACAUGAACAAGCUCAAGGAAUCUCUCGGUUCUCGACUCCACUGAUGAUGAUGAUGAUUAUCAUGAUGAUCCUCAGUUUUUUCUUCCCGAUGUGAAAUAGUCGGGCUGUGAUGAUUUUUUUUUCAUGUUCUGUGGACUUGAUCGGCGUGUUUUUUUUUCUGAUUUGUGCGCGAAGACAAUUUUUUAGUUCCUCAACAA